GGUCGGACACACUUACUAGAGGACGACCUGUUCAGCCCACACUUGCCCCGCCCAACUGCGCAAACCUGUGGCGCGCACCUGCAGCCGCACCUGUCCGGAGCUGCGCGCCCUGGCCGGAUAAAUAUCACCUUCACUUACCUCUCCUGCAAAGAAAAUCAGCAUCAGUCUGCUCCAGCACUUCUGUCUCUUUCAUCUGACAUGCUGGAGCUCCUGGCUUACCUUCAUGACUCGGAGCUUGUGGCCCGGUUCCAGAGACGAUGCGGACUCUUCCUCAUUGAAGCCGCGCAUCACAGCGGAGGGAGGACGCGCGCUCGGACUGGAGCCCCGGUCCAUGCAGAAGAAGCACGUGGACAGGUGAAGGGAAGAUGGGACCGCCAGGAUAAAAACUCCAACUACCAAUACAAAGACAAUGGUGGCUGCAGCAGGCCUCACUAUGAGGUGAGGAACUGGCUGUUGUACUUCCUUUUCCUGAUCUCGGCAGGCCUGGGCCAUGAAAUCUUUUACAUCACCUGCCUGCCAUGCAUACACUGGAGCCUGGACCCGUUUCUGUGCCGACGCCUCAUCAACAUGUGGACUUUGGUGAUGUACAUCGGCCAGGUGAUGAAAGAUGUGCUAAAGCUGCCUCGCCCUCUCUCGCCCCCUGUGGUCAAGCUAGAAACACGCGUGGAUGCCGAAUACGGGCUACCCUCCACCCACGCCAUGGCCGCCACCGCCAUCUCCUUCACGGUCUUACUAAGCGCUUCGUCCAGGAUACAGUUCCAGUUCGAGGUCGGUCUGCUGAUCGCACUGACGGUGUCGUCUUUGGUGUGUCUGAGCCGCCUUUACACUGGCAUGCACUCAGUUUUGGAUGUGAUCUGUGGGGCUUUAAUCUCAGCUGUCAUCUUGUUCCUGACCUACCCAUUCUGGGAAACCUUUGACCAUUUCCAGCUCACCAGCCGCAUCUCCCCCUUUGUGGCGUUGUCUCUGCCGCUCUUCCUCAGCUACACAUACCCUGAGCUGGACCAUUACAGCACCACACGGGGGGACACCACUACUAUUCUAGGAGUAGGGGCUGGGUGCUCUGUGGGAUAUUGGGUGAACGAGCAGCUUGGAGAGACUUUUGAGCCCAAGGGGGUGCUACCCGUACCCCUACCCACACUGACGACAACCGCACUAGCACGAGCUGGCGCCCGCUUCCUCAUUGGAGUGGUAGCGUUAGUGGGAACUCGGCAGGCAGUGAAGACACUGAGCCUGCAGGUGUUGUACUCAUUUUACAGAGUGCCAAAAAGUGACGACAGCGCCAGGAGGAGGAGAGAGAUCGAAGUGCCGUAUAAGUUUGUCACAUACACAGCUGUGGGACUUGUCAACUCUAUACUAGUCAACAGAGUCUUCAUCCUACUGGGGCUACUAUGACCUAUUAACAUAUGACUGAUGUAUAAUGAUCUGAACUAAACAAAAAAAGACCUCAUAUUUAUUUCAGUGUGUAUCAAAUGACUUUUUUUUUUUACAUAACUUUCUUACACAAGGAGCUUCUGCUGGGAUUGAUUCACAAAAGUGUACUUAAGCUGUAAGCAAAUAAAAUGUUUUGCUCACGUAGCAAUGAAGUUUUUUUAUGGCUUCCCAGAUUGAUCGUUAUUUGAAUUGUGUAGUCAAGGCUGUGUGAUUGAAGUAAUGUGUAUUACAGAAGCCAAACAAAAAUUUCCACAUGCGAGCUCCCCAUUGUUACUCCUUCAAAUAGGAGAACCCCACCUUAAGCCAGACAAGCUCGUACCAGUCGGGAAAGUCAAAACCAGUUCAACUGAAACUCUGCAACAUCAUUUCACCAGCACCUGUCUUUG